AUGGUAAGACGAUAUCCUCAAAGCGACCCAUGGCCCUACCACUUAGGUGUAUCUGUAUUAAUGGGAGGAAUAUUUUAUGUUGGUUUUACAGGGCUGCUGAGAACUAAUAAGAAACUAGCUAUAUUUGCAGUGCCAUUGGGCCUGUUUGCCCUUCAAAAUCUAGAUAUUGCUCAAGAUGGAUUCAGGCAUAGAAAAGAGUAA